CUCACACACUUGUAAAACAUCCCAAAAAUGUUUUUGGAUUUUCUGAGCACAAUAAUAUUUUUCAAAACAAGAACUGCAAAAGACACAAUUUUCCCGGGAAAACGCAGAGAGUGCAAUUCCAAAAAUGACCCUACUUCUCCGGCAGCCAACUCUCCCGUUGUUCCACUCAUAUUUAGGCAGCAAUCCCAAGUUCCAUAUCUCUCCAACACCGUACAAUUUCCGUCACCAUAAAACGACUUCGUUUUCCUCUUCCGGCAAUGUUGACUCGUUCACCCAGAACUCGGGAUACCUGUUUCAACUCAGUGAGUCGGAGGCCGAGUCACUUUCCGAGUACGAUGUUGGAAGAAUCGGUUCAAUUUAUCGUAAGAAGCCCUUAAUUUUGGGUCGUCGGAUAUUCCAAAUUGGUACUACACUUGGAAAAUGGGUCGGACUUCGGUUUAUUGAUGGCCUCAUGGAUAGAGCUGAUAUUAUGUUCAAGGUUCGAGCAGCUGAACUCCGGAAAAUACUGGUAGAACUUGGUCCGGCCUAUGUCAAAAUUGCACAGGCGAUUUCAUCUAGAUCUGACUUGAUUCCACCAUCUUACUUGGAGGAACUUUCACUAUUACAAGACCGGAUUACUCCAUUUUCCAAUGAAGUGGCUUUCAACACAAUAGAGCAGGAGCUUGGGAUGCCAAUAGAUGCAAUUUUUUCGGAAAUUUCCCCACAGCCUGUUGCUGCCGCAUCACUUGGUCAGGUUUAUCAAGCUAGACUUCGCACAACUGGACAAGUGGUUGCGGUGAAGGUCCAGAGACCUGGCGUCAAAGCUGCUAUUGCCUUGGACAUAUUUAUCUUGCGUUUUGCUGCAGGCAUAAUACGGAGAGCAAGAAAAAUUAAUACAGACCUUCAGGCAGUUAUUGAUGAAUGGGCAUCAAGCCUCUUUCGGGAGAUGGAUUACAGGAAGGAAGCAAAAAAUGGACUAAAAUUUAGAGAGCUGUAUGGUAGUCUUCCAGAUGUUGUGGUUCCCCUGAUGUACAUUGACAAAACAACUCAGAAAGUCUUAAUUAUGGAGUGGGUGGACGGGCAAAAGUUGGCUGAAGUCAAAGAUCUUUACUUGGUUGAGGUUGGAGUUUAUUGCUCAUUUAAUCAACUACUGGAGUAUGGAUUCUAUCAUGCAGAUCCACAUCCUGGAAAUCUUCUUCGUACAUAUGACGGAAAACUAGCUUAUUUAGAUUUUGGCAUGAUGGGUGAAUUCAAUGAAGAACUACGUGAUGGAUUCAUUGAAGCUUGCCUUCAUCUUGUAAACCGGGACUUUGAAGCAUUGGCUAGGGAUUUUGUUACCCUUGGGCUUCUUCCUCCGACUGCUGAGAAAGAUGCUGUCACAAAGGCAUUAACAGGUGUCUUCCAGAAUGCGGUUGCUCAAGGAGUUCGCAAUUUAAGUUUUGGGGACUUUUUAGGCGAUUUAGGAUUCACCAUGUAUAAAUUUAAAUUUCAGAUACCCUCAUACUUUUCCCUUGUCAUACGGAGUCUGGCUGUCCUGGAGGGUAUUGCUAUUAGCUUUAAUCCUGAUUACAAGGUUUUGGGUAGUACAUACCCGUGGAUUGCCAGAAAGGUCUUAAUGGGUAGUUCACCAAAGUUAAAGUCAUCUUUGCAAUCUCUUCUUUACAAGGAUGGUGUCUUCAGAAUUGACCGUUUAGAGUCACUACUAAGUGAGGAGCAGAGUGAUGCUGCCUGGCCUGCUGAUUUGGAGAAUUUGCAGGUUUUCUAUGUGAGUAUCAGGAGUAAAAAAUGGAGAAUCCAGGCUUCCUAUGUGAUUUCAAGGAGACAUAACUGGAGAAAGCAGAUGCUUCGUGCUAGACUAGACAAGGCCCUAGUGCAGCAGGAUGAAUUUGACAAAAAGUUUGCUGCCAAGGAUAUUUUGUCUUUCACAUUAGUGGAGCAGGGUUCUCUUGUUCGGAAUAUAUUCCUUGAAGAAACUGCUAAGGGUUUAGAUGCAUUGGGGAUAGCUACUAUGAACUCAAUUCCCUUUUCUGUUCCAUUUCUAUCAUUUCCCAUGACUGAUGAGGAUGUUGUCAAUUUGAGGAACUUUCGUCGCCUUGUGCUAUUGGUGUCAGGGCUACAGGAUUCUGGAGCAGAAACUGAAAAGAUCAAUAACUCUGAGAAUAAGAGGUCAUCAGCGGUGGACUUAUACCAGUUUCUUAAUCAGCUUCCGUCUACUCGAGAAAUCCAGCCAAUUGUUACAUUUGUAAAUGAGGACAUUAACACUAGAAUAGAAGCAUUGAGACUUCUGAAACCUAGAAAGGCUGAAAGACAAGGAGCAAUUGAUGGGUUAUAUGUUGAUAUUGGUUUGCCAAGAUAAUUUAGGUGAAAGGACAAUCUAACAGAAAGUUUCUCUGAUAUCUCUAUUCCUGUAUUUCAUCUUCACAAGACCAGAAAUGACAGUAUUGCCGUAAGACUAAAAUGUGGUAUGCCCCUCCAAGGUUCUGGAGAAUGAACGUCAUAUACGUAGGCUUAGCGUCCCGCCGUCCCCUAUGCCCAACAAUUUCUCAUUGCUAUUAUAAACUUUCACCAUACGUUAACUUCCUAAACAAAGACUGCAGUAGCAGUAUGAUGGGACUCAUCAACUUUGAACUUUGAACUUUGAACAUUUGUCGUAGGCUUGUACCUUUAAUUACAGAAAUAUCAAUUUUGUUCGAUCCUGGCGAAUACUUACCGUUGCUGAUCAACAAUUAGGGGUUGUUUAUGCAUAAUAAAUAGAUGUACUCAAAGACAGUUUAGUGUUUUCUCUUUAUUUGGAACGAAGACAAAUGCUUAAACGUGUGCCGAUUAUUUCUUGUUCUACUUCCUUUUGAUAGAUUAUGUA